GUAACUACUGCAGUUAUGUCUCCGGAGGAUCGCGUGGAUCCUACCCUUGGUGUCGGCCGCUCUCGUGGGGAAGACGCCCCUCUGAACUGUGGUGAUCUGGACACCUCCCCGGAGGAAAGGGAUUGGGCUAAAGCACGCUCAAGUCAUCAUCCCAGACGUGGAGAGAGCCAUUUUCUCCAAAUGCUAAUGGAUGCUGAAUCAGCUGCCAACGCUGCUGCUGCACAACUCAUCUCUUUCAAAGAUGCUCUGGACAGUGAAUCAGCUGCUUCCAGACAGACAUCACAUAAAAGCAGAAUCACACAACAGAGACGGCUUCUUUUGGAGAAACUGGAGGACUUCCGACAGAUAAAUAAAUCUGUUCGUCAGACAUUGAAACAACUCCAACAAGCAGAGGCUGAGCAAGUGCAUGCAGACAAGCAAGUUCACAGUCUACUGACAAGGAUUUCAAUGGCUGAAAAUGAAAAUGAGAUGUUAAAAAAAGACUUAUGUGAAAUGGGCAAAAGAGUUGAAGAACUGAAGGAUCAAAAAAAAGAAGAGCAGGACUACACCAAAAGUGCAGUCCAUUUGACCAAAUCAGUUGAGGCAACUCGUGCUCACCUCCAGGGUCAGCUGCGGAGUAAAGAGGCUGAAAACAACCGCCUGACUGUGCAGCUGCGGACUUUGGAGCGGACGGUGACACAGCAGAGGCUGGAAAUGGAGGAUUUGAAAGCAUCGUUCACUGCACUCAGAGAAAAAGCAGCACAGGAUAAAGAGGCUCUGAAGAAGGCCACCCGGGCACAAAAACACAGGGCUGAACGCUCUGAGGCUGCAGUGGAAAAGUGUUACGCUCAGUUGAAAGAAAAGGAUGCAGAGCUUACCAAUGCACGUCUACAAAGAGACUCUAAGAAGCGGCAAAAAGAACUAAUAACAGACGAGAAAGACAAACUUAUUUCUCAGAUAACCUUUUUAAAGAGCCAAAUCGUAGAGCUAAAUGCAAGACUACUGAAGGAAAGAGAUGACCUCAGUACUGCCAAUGAAAGUAUGAUGCAACAAGUCCAAAGGCUCACAGCUGAAAAUGGAGACCUCAGCUUUAAUAAUUCAACACUCAAGGCAUCUGUUGCUCAGUUGGAGGCACAGCUGGCUGACUGUGAGGCUGCUCUGGUGGAAGAGAAAAUUGUGUCUCAAGAGAAAAACCAUAAAGCCAAACAAUUACAUCGACAGGUAGAGGAUCUUCAAGCGGAAAUUUCUAAAACAAGAAUGAUUCAUGCUAGCGUUUUAAAGCAGAAAGAAAACAUUCAAGAUGGAAGAGAGGCUGAAGUACAAAAGGUGAGACAGGAGCUGCAGGUUCGUGUUGACGGUUUGAAGUCGUACCCACAGUCUCUGAGUUCAGCCAAGCGCAGUCUUCGUCAUUGUGAGGAGAGGCUGCGAUGCUGCGAAAUGAAAUGUGCUGAAAAAUCAGAGUCUAUUAAACAGCUACAGGCCAAGAUGGAGAGUCAGAGGAAGCAGCUGAGCUCGUUCGAAGAGAUGAAAGAGUCCAUCCAUGAGGCCAAUUCACAACUGCAGGAAAAAGUUCAUUCUCUGCAAAUGGCGAUGGACAGUCUGCAGCAGGAGAACUCAGAGCUGAUCCGGAGGCUGGGUCGUCAGGAGGAGGCUGUGGGCUUCAGUAACCGACAACUGGACCAGCGCUCGUCCGAAUGCCACGCCCUCAGCCGCCAGCUCGACUCCGCCCUAUCUGACAUCAAACAGCAGGUCAACAAAGUUAAAAACCAAGCUGCUGCUCGGGAAGAGGCUCUUCAAACUAAGAUUUUGGAGCUUGAGGCACAAAUAUGUAGAAGAGACAAAGAGCUCAGUGUACUGCGACAGAGCAAGAUAACAGCAGCGAAGCAGUUUGAAGUCCGUCUGAAAGAUCUACAGUGUACUCUGGACCAGUCUGAGAGCCACAAACAAAGCAUACAAAACUAUGUGGACUUCCUAAAAAACUCUUACACAACAAUGUUUGACGAAGGACUGCAAGCUACGUGUUUUACAUCGUCCUAUUUUCUAAAAUGA